GCCUUGCAACAGUCUCGACUCACGCUUGCCACAAUCGCUCCACAGAGAGACGUGGGCCACUGCGCUGGUGUAGAACUUGCUUUGGAGCAGCGUCGAUCUACCCUUGACUAUCGUCCAAUCCUCUCCAGUCUGCAGACCUAGAUGCACAGAUUUCGAGAGUUAACAGUUCAGUUUUUCUUGCUACUCGGGGCAGAGUCCCUCGCCUUGCGAUUCCCAGCGAUCUAUUGUUUGUUUACCCUUCUUUUAGCCCUGCCCUGCCCCCGUAAUGUGUCUCAAGAUCUGUCGCUGCUGCUGCUGCUGCUACGGCAACUCCUCGCCAGCGGGCAGCCAGCAGCAGUGCCAGGAGCUGCAGCUAAAGGACCUGACACCCGAGCUGAUGAUCACAAUAACCACACAGCCGCACAACAACAGCUCUCACAAUCUCAGCUCCAACGCGAGCCUGGCGGAGCGGCCCAACAUUCUCGGCAGCUGGAGCUGCGACGAGGAGAUCGAGCACUACAAUGUCGAUGAUUUCGAGUCUCGCACGCCGACCAUGUGGCGCGCCUGGUGGCUCCAAGGUGCCAGCGAGCAGCUGUCAUCUGUUAUACUGAGCUGACGCCACACGCACACCCACUUAAGCAGGUGUGUGUUUGCGGGGCAGCUGAUAAAAAUAUGGUCAAGCCAAGCCCGCCACCUGCUGCACAUUUUAAUGCACCUAAGCGAGCGUGUCGAGAGUGAGCGACUGGUAGAUACCCUGUACCUACUGCAUUGUCGUCACACACAUUCGCACCUACUUAUAUACUUAUUCAUUCUUUAAUAAAUCAAAUUGAGUAA